AUGGCACCAUCCAAACCUCCCAGUCCCGCCCCGCCAUCCGCGCAACAACCAGCUUUGCCAAACAUCCCAGCCCCCGAUUACACAAAUCCAUCAUUCGACCCUGUCGACUACCUGAACGAUGUCCUCCCCCCACUGGCGCUUCCCGCACAAUCACAAACUCAGAGUUCGCGCGGUGGUGUAAAUCUCACAGACCUUUCCACCCGCGUCCAGUCUAUCCUCACGCAAACGAACGCACAAAACAUCCGAUACUCUACGGCCCUGACGACGCUUGCCGAUGAGAUCCUCCGCAGCGGGAACCGGCUCGUGUACGAGGUUGAAGUCCUCCGCGGCGAGACGAUAACAUUAUCAGAUUUAUUGACGGAGGGGCUUGCUGCCGAGAUUGCGCGGUUCACAGUUGCCCCGGGGUCGAGUCCGGAGUCUACAAGCGGAGCGAAGCUCAAACAAGAGGAGACGGAGAAUGCAGGCACGGAAGACGCAAAGGAGGACUCUACAAGAAAAAUCGAAGAGCCAGACUAUAUAAUCAACCUCCGAACGCUGAAUCAAGUGCGAGCGCGACUGGAAGACGUGGUGCAGACCUUUGGAGACGCGAUGGAGUGGCCGCUCCCGCCCUCCGAAACCUCCCUCGCCUCCUCGUUCAUCUCGGUUUCCGCGCCGGAGCCGGGUCCCGAUGCCCAUAGCAGGGAAGAGAAGGGACAGGAAGUGGCGAGGAAGUUCCGCGCGGAGAUCUCGGAGCUGCUGGAUCGUGAGGGGGUUGAGGCUGCGACACGCAGGGUUGAAGGUCUACGGGCACUGGCGUUGGUGUGGAAGGGGACGGCGGAGGAGAAGGCUAGGACGAGGUUUGUGGAGGGGUUGGCGAAGGUGGUGGAGGAGCGGCAGAGGGUGAUCGAGGCGGCGGCGGCGCCCUCACAGCAGGCUUCUACUUCUGGUCCUGCGAGGGGGCAUCAGAGACAGGAGAGUGAGGGGCCUGGAGGCGGGAUCUUUAGGAACUUGCAAAGAUUACGGGAGGAGAUUUAUCUGGAGUGA